AUGAUGUUUAUUAUCAAUCUAUCUAUCGUCAUCCUUAUCCUUGGAGCUUUUUCAUCUACUGUGCCCUCCAUGGCUGUUCCUCUCUCGCUCUCAUCAAAUCCUCUCAUCUCCCGCCAUUGUCACCGUCUCUACUUCCCUUCAACUUCAUUUAAGGGAAAUGUAAGCGUAUUGGGAGCAAACCCAUGUCAGAUUCUAUCUCUGAAACUCCACUCCAAGCGUAAAACUGGAAAGCCACAGCAGUUUGCGAGACCCCUUGUUGUGUCGAACCAAACUGCUGCUACGGCAUCGUCGUCGGAAGCAGCAGUAGCUCCGGAGAGAUUCCGAUUGAACAAUCUCGGACCUCAGCCUGGUUCGAGAAAGAAUGCGAAGAGAAAAGGUAGAGGUAUAUCUGCAGGGCAAGGAGCGAGUUGUGGUUUCGGGAUGAGAGGACAGAAAUCACGAUCGGGUCCUGGUAUCAUGAGAGGUUUCGAAGGUGGACAAACCGCUCUCUAUCGCCGUCUUCCCAAGCUUAGAGGAAUCGCCGGAGGUAUGCGUUCAGGGUUACCCAAGUACGUACCCGUGAAUCUCAAAGACAUCGAAACAGCUGGAUUCGAGGAUGGAGAUGAAGUGUCACUGGAGACGCUGAAGCAAAAGGGCUUGAUCAAUCCUUCAGGAAGGGAAAGGAAACUCCCUCUUAAGAUUCUGGGAACCGGAGAACUAAGCGUGAAGCUCACCUUCAAAGCUCGCGCCUUCUCAACAGCAGCAAAAGAGAAGCUUGAAGCUUCAGGUUGUACACUCACUGUGUUGCCUGGAAGAAAGAAAUGGGUUAAGCCAUCGGUUGCAAAGAACCUCGCAAGAGCAGAUGAAUACUUUGCCAAGAAGAGAGCUGCUGCAGCAGCUGCUUCAGAGCCAGCAGCUUCUGCUUAA